UAUAAACUUAUAACGAAACACUUUUCUAUCUUUCAUCCAAUAUAGCAAUUCAAAAUUCGCGCCAAUGUAAACGACGCAUGCGCAUAGUGUGACACGUUGCAUCUCUCUCUUUUUUUUGCAAUAAAGAAAAUCCCAAGAUGGUUAACGUCCCGAAGCAGAGGCGCACCUUCUGCAAGAAAUGCAAGGUGCACAAGUUGCACAAAGUCACCCAAUACAAAAAGUCCAAGGAACGUCACGCUUCGCAAGGUAGGAGACGUUACGACAGGAAGCAGCAAGGUUUCGGUGGACAAACCAAGCCCAUCUUCAGGAAGAAGGCUAAAACCACCAAGAAAAUCGUGCUCAGGAUGGAAUGCACUGAAUGUAAAUAUAGGAAACAGAUUCCCUUGAAACGCUGCAAGCACUUUGAAUUGGGUGGCGACAAGAAGCGCAAGGGACAAAUGAUUCAGUUCUAAUUGUUUGACUAAAUAAACACAUUUUGUAAAAAUUCAUAA